AUGUCAAAAACUGAUUCACAACAUUUGCCACAUGGUGAAUUUGUUCCACACGAUCCGGCGAAAAAUGACUUGACUGUAUUUGUCAGUAAUCUGGAUUAUUCAACGACUGAAGAUCAGUUGCGAAAGACAUUUGAAAAGUGUGGUGAAUUAACCUCUGUUCGCCUUGUUCGUGAUUAUGCUGGUCGAUCUAAAGGAUUCGCUUAUAUUGAAUUCAAACAUAAAGAUUCGGUAACCGCCGCGCUCGCAUUAGAUAGACAACCAGUUGUAAGUGAUGAAUGCUUCGAGAAUAAUGCUUCAUCAAAUCUUGACAAUAAUUUACAAGAUGAAGAAGAUCAAGGAACAACAACAACGACGACGAAGACGGUGGCAGAAUCUUCGAAAUCAUCGACACCCUCUAAACGACCAAUGUUUGUAUCGAUCUGUGAUCCAAGUAAAGUGAAAGCCUCUGGAUUCAAGUAUACAGUUGGUAAAAAAGAACCAGGAAUAUUGUUUCUACGAAAUUUAGAUAAAAAUGUAAAAAGUGGAGAUUUAGUGAGAUUAUUUAGAGAGUAUGGACUUGUAAGUAUUUGUGUGGUCACCUGUCCAAAUGGUGUGCCUACAGGUGAUGCGUUUAUUGAAUUUAAAAGUGCUGAUGAUGCCAGUCGAGCGUUGAUUGCUAUCGAUGGUUUACAGUUUGGUAGUAAAGUGCUGUCAGUAGCUAUUAGUGAACCACCUGUCCGCCAGGAUGCAUCUCAAAGCUUUAAACCGCCUACAAUGAAAAGCAAUGAAACAUUUAAAACACCGCAAUCAGAUUUUACUGGUGAAUCUUCAGCAAACUGGGGUGAUGCAAAACACCUAGUUCGUGUAUGCAGUAUGGCAAUCAAUUCAGUGAAUGUAGACCAUUCAGAAUUGUUAUUUCAAAUUGUAUUACGUGUUGUCGGUGAAAUUGGAUUACCUGUUAAACAGUAUAAAGACGUGACUGUAAAAAUCAAUUCACGUCGAGCACUACUCAAAGAUUCAAUGAAGGAUGUUCAAAUGAGGAAUUCGACUAUGGAGAACUCAGCAUCGUUGACAUCGCCAUCAUCAUCAGCCUAUGUUACUGAACUCAAAAUUCAGUCGAAUAAAUUUGCGGCAUUGAAGAGUUCUUUUUUGAACAUAUUUAACUGUUGUGAUUGUCCAAGAAUGCAUGCUAAGUGUAAUAAAGAAAUUGCUCAACAUCAACAAUUGAUAGCUGAAUUACAAGAACAGCUGUCAAAUAAAAAUAAACGGAUCACAGAAUUAACAAGUUUACUGGAUAAAUAUCAAAGUGUAUUCAGUUUAUCGAGUUCCCUGUCGACACCGACAACUGUUGUUAAAAGUCAACAGCAGCAACAACAGCAACAACAACAGCAACAGAUCGAUAACAAUGAAGUAUUUGGUUUCGGUGGGAAUGUUUCAGUGCAUCAGAAUGAAUUAACUGUACAAACAAGAAAACGUGGUAUCGGGAUAUCCGCUGAACCGCAGAAUGAAGACGAGAUUCAAUCGAAAGAGCUUAUAUCCCAUCCGAAAUCUGAAGAUGUUCGUAAACUGCUUAGAGUUGCAAUUAUGGAGAAUGAUUUUAUGAAUCAUAUUGCAUCGACUCAGCUAACUGAACUUAUUGAUUGUAUGUACAGUAUCGACUUCACAGCUGAUGAAAUGAUUAUCAAUGAGGGGGAUUUUGGUUCAUUGGUGUAUGUUUUAGCAGCGACUAGACUACAAACUGGGUCAAAAUAA